AUGUCCGGCCUGCUGCGGCUCUGCCCUUCUCUCCUCCGGAAACACGCUGUCCUGCUCUUGAAGCCUGGAGGUCGCCUCACCCACUCAGAACAGCCACAGUCAGAACAGCCACGCCACCGCAACCGAGUCCUGUCGCCCACGGAGUCAGCUGUCGGCAUUACAGUGUUCUUUUCGGCCUUUUUCAUCCCAGCUGCAUAUGUGCUAAGCAAACUGAAGGAGUUCAAAGGAGAGUAG